CGGAUUGCAGCUAUCCUCCAUGUUUGUGCGAGGAUGCUCUUUACCCGCUGGAAUCUGCGAGGGGUAGGGCCGUGACUGUCGCAUCGUUUAGAUAGUCACGAUCCAUAGGCACCGCUUGCUUCCGUAGUGGGAGAAAAGGACGACAAAAAAAAAGAGAACGGAAGGGAGCGUUUAUAGCUGCGUGUCAGCCGCGGCGAAUAGUACCGCUUUAAGCGGCCGCGUUUAAUCCGCCAUGGCGAAUCCCGGGGGAGGCGCCGAGGCCUUCGCGCGAUUCAAGCAGUAUGAGUACCGCGCCAACUCCUCUCUGGUGCUCAACCUCGAGUCGCGUCCGCGCGACUCGCACGAGCCCACCGGCGAGCCGGAGACGCUCUGGGGCCGCGUCGACAUGAAGAAAUUCGGUGACCGAGCGGGGCAUGGCCGGCCCAAGGAGGUGGAGGAAGCUGCGAAGAAGAAGCGCGAGAAGGACAGAUUAAAAUCGCUCGCGGCGGGAGGCACCUCCGCGGCCGGCGCCGGCGGCGACGUCGGCUUGGAUCUGCUCGGGAAGAAAUCGACCAAGCGGCAGAAACGCGGUGGCGGCGGUGGCGCAGCUGGCGGGGCGGGGUUUCACGAAGAUUCGUGACUAUAAAGCUCGCGAUGAUUC